UGUUACUUACAACUGAAAAUCCUUUGAACAUUUGCUCUUAACUUUCUUGAAAGAGCAAAAAUGGCUCUACUACUCGAAAUUCUAUCCAUCUUUGUACUGUUAGUGUUAAGGCCAGCCACGGCCGCUGCACCUUCAUGCUCGACUGUCACUGCGAAACUGACCUCGUGCGUAUCAUACAUUGACGACCAAUCUGCACAACCAACAAGUGACUGCUGUGCAGGAGUGAAGAGUAUUCUUGCACAAGCAACGUCAAAACCAGAUAAAAUAGCUACCUGCAACUGCAUAAAAUCGGCCUUAGCCAUUGUGGGAAACAAGGUUGAUACCGGACGAGUUUCUAGCCUUCCUAAGCAAUGUGGGAUGUCUGUUAAUCUUCCUCCAAUUGAUAAAAACUAUGACUGUUCCAAGAUUUCUUGGUAUUUCCCGUGAGUGUUUGCGGAAUAAUUUUAUGCUCUAAUCCGAAUAAAAUUGAGAACCUAAUUAUGGAAUAAUGACAGCUAUGUUUGGAUAAUUAAAUCAUCAGCAAAGUUUAUAAUGCACUGAGAUGUUCUGCACGUCCAGUUUUUUCAAGAUUUGUGUCACAAUAUUGUAAAAUAAAAAGUAUGGUAUUAAAAGUUGGACAGUCAUUUCAGCGAAUAAUAUGACUUGAUCGAUCGACUAGUA